CGCCGUGAGCGACAGACACGCCGCAGUCGAUCCGUUCGAGUCCGCUCCACUCCGUUCUGUACCGCUCCGUUUCGAUCCGAUCCGAUCCGUACCCCGCCCGUGGAUCGCUCCGCCGGACGAAUGUACAAAUUAUAGCCGGAGUUGUGGCAGCUAAAACACAAGAAGGUGGCCAGUAGGUCAGCAAAGCCGGAGUUAACCCCUUGGUGUAUGUGGCCCACUGUGCGUGUGUGUGUAGAGAAAGUGGCGAAAGCUGGGGCAGAACGUGCCACCAUCUGAAUUUUCCGAGUGCGCCGGGUAACGUGAGACGGGAAAUUCCGAAAACAACCUGAAAUCCAUUUGCCGCAAAUUGAGGAACCAGCGACACCACAGCAUGUGUAAACGCUAACGAGCGCGAACAUUUUGAUUGAUUUUGAUUGACAUGCCACUCAGCGCAUGCCACCCAUUACGAAAAAGUGACAGAAAAUAACAGAAGGGGGAAAGAACUUGAGUAACAAUCGUUGCAAACAAAAAUCGCCACAACUAUUCACUAAAAAAUCAAACAAAGAGCAAACAAAUAUUGAAACGUUUGAAGCGCUUUCGUGCCUAACAAAUAAUUGCCUCAAGGGCUGUCAGCGAAAGUGCCAACCAAACUGGAAAAAAUAUAUCCCACACAGGCCCAGAAACAAAAUGCAAUCAAAUCAAGGCCCAUAAAAACCGCACAAAACACGCUCGCAUAAAGCCGGAAAAGCCAGCCGAAAAAAAAUCAUACAAAAUAAUAAUAAAAUCCACAGCAUCAGGCGGCUAAUCAACUACAACAAAAUAACCGAAAAAAAGUAUAAGAAAAAAAAACGCUGAGUUGGGCAACUGUUUUUUUCCGGCAUCUCAGUCACAUUUCAUACUCCCUUGCUGUGUCAGUGUAGUGGUCUCUUUUAUUUGUAUACAUAUAUAUUUAUAUGUAUUUGUGUGCCGCCUGCGUAAGAAAAAAGGAUAAAAUAUGCCGGCAUUGAUUUUCUCCUGCGACAACAAUAACAACAUCAGCUAAACAACAACAACAGCAACAUCCAUAAUAAGAAACGAGGAAAAGUUGCAGGAAUCGAGGGCAAACUUUUUCGGACAUUUUCGGUUACUUCGGACAACUAAGCUGCGGAUGAUUAAAACGAUAAAAAGAUCCGCAAACUACUUGGAAAGCUCUUGAAAGAACCCGGCAUUUAAGGAGGCACAAAACAACUUCGACAAGAACUCGCAAAUGCAUUACAUUAUAAUUUCAUUAAGGACAAAAGCCUUUCUUUGCCGGCAGUGAAACAGCGUUGCCGGGAGAUAAGAGGGAGAGGGGAGAGGAAAGCGGAGAAAGGCGUGCGGAGAAAGUGAGAAAGCCGCAAGAGGCGACAAUAGCCCCCGAGCCCAUUUCCAUUGCCUACUUCUGGGCGCUGUGGAGCGAGAAUCAAGAGCCUGGCAUUUUUAUGAAAUUAAUACAAAGGCCGCUGAAGGAGUAGAAGUGGAAGCGGAAGUGGCAGCCAUGACAAAAGCCCCGGCGCCAUUACAAUGACGGGCGGCCCGGCGACAGCGACUAAAGUGCGGGACGCUCGGCUUUUAUGGCCCGACUCUGUUCGAGUAGACGUGACAGCGUCCGAUCGGCUAAUAACAUUUACUCGCGCACAAAACAGCGCUGCAUAAUUUGACAUGCCAACGUGAGCCAGCUGGCGACAAUAUUUACCCAAGAGCUAAAGCCAGAGCCCAACAAACUAGACACAGAGAAAUCCGCGAACCAAGAGGCAGCCACUUGAGACAAUGAGGGGUGUGCAACGCUGGACACCGCUCCUGCCACUCCUGGCACUCCUAGCCCUGAGUUGGGCCUGUCCGCCCGAGGUGUGUGUGUGCAAGUGGAAGGGCGGCAAGCAGACGGUGGAGUGCGGCGGCCAGCAGCUGUCCAAUCUGCCCGAGGGCAUGGAUCCGGGCACGCAGGUGCUCAACUUCAGCGGAAAUAGCCUGCAGGUGCUGCAGUCGGAGCGCUUCCUGCGCAUGGACCUGCUCAACCUGCAGAAGAUCUACCUGUCGCGCAACCAGCUGAUCCGCAUCCACGAGAAGGCCUUCCGCGGCCUGACCAACCUGGUGGAGCUGGACCUCAGCGAGAAUGCGCUGCAGAACGUGCCCAGCGAGACGUUCCAGGACUACAGCUCCCUGAUGCGCCUCUCGCUGAGUGGCAACCCGAUCCGGGAGCUGAAGACAUCGGCCUUCCGCCACCUGUCCUUCCUCACGACCCUGGAGCUGUCCAACUGCCAGGUGGAGCGGAUCGAGAACGAGGCCUUCGUGGGCAUGGACAACCUGGAGUGGCUGCGCCUGGACGGCAACCGGAUCGGGUUCAUCCAGGGGCCCCACAUCCUGCCCAAGUCGCUGCACGGCAUCAGUCUGCACAGCAACCGAUGGAACUGCGACUGCCGCCUGCUGGACAUCCACUCCUGGCUGGUCAACUACAACACGCCGCUGGCGGAGGAGCCCAAGUGCAUGGAGCCGGCGCGGCUGAAGGGCCAGGUGAUCAAGGGGCUGCAGCGGGAGCAGCUGGCCUGUCUGCCGGAGGUGAGUCCCCAGUCCAGCUACACGGAGGUGAGCGAGGGGCGGAACAUGUCGAUCACCUGCCUGGUGCGGGCCAUUCCCGAGCCGAAGGUGCUCUGGCUGUUCAACGGCCAGGUGAUGAGCAACGACAGCCUGGUGGACAACCUGCACAUGUACUACUACAUCGACGAGACCAUCGGAGGCAGUGGCGCCGAGGAGAAGCGCAGCGAGAUCUUCAUCUACAACGUGGGCGCCGAGGACAACGGCACCUUCUCGUGCGUGGGCCAGAACAUCGCCGGCACCACAUUCAGCAACUACACCCUGCGGGUGAUCAUCAAGGAGCCGCCGGUGGUGAACGAGGUCUCGUUCCCCAGGGACUACAUGAACUACAUAGUGGCCAGCAGCGCCGGCGGGGGCAUCAUCUUCGUGGUGCUCCUCUGCACCAUCGUGGUCAAGUGCAAGAAGCCCUCGGAGCCGGCCAAGCAGCGGAAGAAGUGCGACCAGGUGACGAGCAUUGCCGGCGGCACGGACUCAUCCACGGGAAGUAACCAGGACACGGGCAUGGGCAUGAUGAAGUGCGCCUCGAUCCUGAACGAUGGCGGGGACAGUCUGAACGCGAAUGCGGGACUCCUAAUGGGUGACACCUUGACACCCACCAAGGCGGCGAACGGAGCAGCCGGCGGAGGGAUUAUCCUGGGGAAUCAGAUGAAGCAGAACCUGCUGCUCUACGCCACGCCCAAUCCCGGCCAGCAGCAGCUGCAGCUGAACGUGAACCUGAUGGGCACGGGACCGGGUUCCCCACCGCUGCUCCUAAGCAAUGGCCAUGGCCUGGCUGCGGCCUACUGCUCGCCCCCCGCCUCCCUGAGGAACUACCAGGAGAAGAACCCGGACUUGGUCAACGACGCGGAGAGCGUGAAGCACAAGCUCAAGACGGCCGUGAGCUUGGACGGCGCCGGGGAGUACGAGACGCAGAGCGAUUGCGGUCAGUACGAGGGCUGCUACCAGCUGGCCGCCGCCCCACAUCCGCAUCCGCAUCCGGGACACCAGCAUCCGCACGCGGCACACCCGCUGAUGGGGCGCUUCGCCCAGGCGAUGACCACCUUGCCGCGCGGCGUGCAACUGAAGCCGGCUCCCCACCAGGUGGACGUGCACCUCAACCCGGUGUGCUUCCUGGGCCAAGACGGAUCCUUCGCCUACGACUACAGCAGUGCCCACCUGGUGCAGCAGCCACCGCAGCAGCAGCAGCACCAGCAGCAGCAACAGGUGCAGCCCGCCGCCAACUUCUACCGCACGCUGCCACACAACAGGCUGCACAAGCAGCAGCAGUUCCAGGCGGCGGCGGCGGCAGGCGGAAACUUGGGUGGCGGCAGCGUCAACGGCAACCCCACCCUGCGCUACAGCCUCGAGGCCGAGUUCAUCCAGCGGGGUCCGGCGGUGAGCUACGAGAAGUACCAGCUGCCCAAUGUGCGCUUCACGGCGGAGGGCUAUCCGCAGCAGCAGCAGCUCCAGCAACAGCAGCAACAGCAGCAGCAACAGUUGCAGCUGCAGCAGCAACACCAGUUCCCCUCGCCGCCAGAGGGCUACAAGAGCGAUCUGGCGGUGAUGCCGGCGCCGUUUCAGCAGUGGCCCAGCUGUCUGCCCGGCUACCGCUUCGCCCAGUCGCCCACCAGCCAGCCGGCGGUGGCCACACCGACUCUGGGUACACCACCUCCGCCGGCAGCCACGGGCACAGGCACAGCCACAUCCACCAUCCCGGAGCUGGACGAGAGCGAGGCGAAUUCGCCGCGUCUGGAGGAGGCUGCUGGGGCGGCGGCGCCACCUGCCGGCGGGGAGGAGAACAACCCGGACACCGCGAAACUCAAACAGCUUAAUGGGCCCCUGGCCGACAGCCCCGACGAGGGGUACGGGGGCGACGGGCAGGAGACCAGCGACAUUUGACCCGGCCAGCAGCCUGCCAGGGACGAAGCGGCCUUAGACGAUUCAGUGGCUCUGUAAAUGGCCUGGCUGAUCAGCAAACCACUCAUAGCCUAAGUUCACUCUUCACUUGUUUCCGUCCCCUGAUUUCGCUUACUUUUCGCUUACUUUUCCCUUUUUCCCCGUUUUACCUUCUCUGUUUGCUGGCCUGCCCGCAAAAAACAAGCAAACAAAAGGCAGACCCAAGUUUAACCUAAUAAUUGGCAGAGGAGAGCUCGAGUUGCGAGUCCGAAAAGAAGAAGGCCCAGAAAACCAAAUAAAAGCAGCGCAGGAACAGGAAUUCACCGGCAAGCCGAAGUUCAAAUACCCAAGUUUGAGUUUUGAUUUCUUAGCGUUUCGAUAAAGUUUAUUUAAGGUAUAGGUAAAACUUAGCCUAUUUAAAAAUUCGAUGUGUUUUGAAAACAUUCUGAUUGCUGAUUGAUUUCUUUUUUUUAAGAUUUAAUUCUGUCAGCAUGUGUUAUUCAAGUGGUAUAUGUUGAAGGUAAAAUAGCUACCAAAAAUUCAAGUUCUUAGGAUGGAAAAUGUUGGUAGCCCCCUGAAAUUUGACACUUCCUGCCACCAUUUUGACCACUUUUUCCCAGGACUCCAUGCGUUUAGGGUAUUUGGCAGAACAAUAGGCGGACCUAACCUAAUAAAGCCGAAAAACAAAGACGCCGCUAAACAAAAGCCUCUUGUCGUUGUUUGUUUCUGUUUGCUGCGUGCUUCGAGUGGCAAGCUGGCAGCAUUUUAUUUCCGCAGAUGUAAUUGAAAAACUUUUUCAUUUAAUAUAAAGUUUUCAGCAGCUUCCCCGCAGAACAAUGCCCCAAGAAGGAAAGAAAGAAAGAAGGCAACCGAGGAGGGGGGGUUGAAGAAAUCCCGGGCCUACGACUAGACAUGUGGGGGUUCCUGUGUGUGUGACGGUGCCGAUUGAGUUGUCGUGCUCUCGGAGGCGUUGUUAGUUGACAAUCGACGGGGAAGACCCAGUCACCCAGAGCCACCCCUUCGGAUCCACUUCAGAGCCAAGUGGCAUGUGUUUUCGCCAUGGCGACACCUGCUCCUCGCGACACAAAGGACUCCGGCUCGAGGACCUCCGGCUGUUGAACCUUUCACAGCGAAGGGCUAAGUCGAGUAUUCCGGCCGAAAAUCGCGAGUGGCAUUAAGGGCUUCCCCUUUGUAGUGUGCUCCACUUUAUGAAAUUUUAAUUCGGGCCACAUCCGCUCCAGUGUUGUAUUUAAAUAAUUUAUCGCACUGGCUCUCCACAGAACUUUCUCUGGGUCCUAAGCAAUCCCUUUCCUUUUCCCUUACCCUUAACCCUUAACCCUUCACCUUCACCCAUCCAGACUUUGAUUCUCCCGCCUUAAGUUUGUUGUAUCGAAUCGAACAGACAUGAACACAAGCGUUUCCGGGUAACAUUAAAGUAGAUAUCGUAAAUUAGACGGCUAACAUUGUAAGAACUAACUAAAUAUAGGAUAGCCCCAACUGUUUGAGACUUGUAUGUAAAUGUAGGCCAUAGAGAUCGUUUAAGCGGAGCCCAAGCUUUCCCUUUUAACGUGAAUGUUCUGUAAAGUGUUCAAAUUUUCCCACUGUAACAUAAAUUGAAAUAAAAUCGAAUGAAGAGGAUAUUGCAAAAUGUUUGCAAAGUAUUUUGAAGAAUGUAAAAACCAAAAAGCUUACAAUUAGCAAAUGGAAAUCUGCAUAUGAGAAGGCGAGGGCAGAAGCAAUCAUUUAAGCACAAUAUGGAAUAUUGUAAAUUGCAUAAAUAAAUCAUUAGACGUAAGAACAAUGCAAACACUAACACCUGCAGACACACUCACAAACUCGUACUCGGAAUGAUUUGUGUAUGUAGCAAAUGAUUAAGUUUUAUUUUCACCAAGUGAGUUAGUUGGCAGACGCACCUAAAGGAAUAUAGAAGCAGAAACUAAAUUAACAAUGCAAAAAUACCACAGAAAAACAUUUUAGCCUAGCAAACUGUUUAAAUCUCAACCCGAAACACAGACACACACUUAAAGGUAUAUUAAACAAAAGAAUUGCCUGCAGGCAGAAUAAUUUUAAAUAUUAUAUGGCAUACACUACAAUAUAAAGAGAAUGUUUAGCAUUAAGUUAAUGGUUAGGCAAAGCAGAACAUAUACGCAUAAACCGAAUAUAAUGGCCACACAAGGUCGCAGAACAUUUAAAGGAUAGCAGAGUGGGUAAACGUCAGAAGAACAAUGGGAAGACACACAAUCUAGUUAUAAAUUAGUUUUCUAAGUUAAAUUAAAAUUAAAAUGCAUAAAGAUAAUAACAGAAGCAAAGUGUAAAAAGGAUAAGAGAGAAAUUAAACCGAAUAAAACGCAUUAAACUGAAGAAUUU